GGCUGAGAAGAAGGAGGAGGAGAAGGAGGAGGGGCGGGACCGGCAGGAGGCAGUGGCGGCAGCGGGCCGGGGUGAUGGUGCAGGUGCCUGGGGCCAGUGCGGAGCUGCCGGGCUGAGGGGCGCCUGGUCCGGGGUCCGCAGCGCCUCCGCGUAGCUCCCGGGGGCGAGCGAGUGGGCAGGAAGAUGCUGAGCAGGUUGAUGAGCGGCAGCAGCAGGAGCCUGGAGCGCGAGUACAGCUGCACGGUGCGGCUGCUGGACGACAGCGAGUACACCUGCACCAUCCAGAGAGAUGCCAAAGGCCAGUACCUGUUUGACCUUCUUUGCCACCACCUGAACCUACUUGAGAAAGACUAUUUUGGGAUCCGCUUUGUGGACCCAGAUAAACAGCGGCAUUGGUUGGAGUUUACAAAGUCUGUUAUGAAGCAGUUGAGAUCCCAGCCUCCAUUCACCAUGUGUUUCCGUGUGAAGUUUUACCCUACAGACCCUGCUGCUCUGAAAGAAGAAAUAACCAGGUAUUUAGUCUUUCUACAGAUCAAAAGGGACCUCUACCAUGGCCGCCUCCUCUGUAAAACAUCAGAUGCUGCCUUGUUAGCAGCCUAUAUCCUUCAAGCGGAGAUUGGGGAUUAUGAUCCAGGGAAACAUCCUGAAGGUUACAGCUCCAAAUUCCAGUUCUUCCCUAAACAUUCAGAGAAGCUGGAAAGGAAAAUCGCUGAGAUUCACAAGACAGAGCUCAGUGGUCAAACACCAGCAACAUCAGAGCUGAACUUUCUAAGGAAAGCACAGACAUUGGAGACAUAUGGAGUGGACCCCCAUCCGUGUAAGGAUGUGUCAGGAAAUGCUGCCUUUCUGGCCUUCACUCCUUUUGGGUUUGUUGUUCUGCAAGGAAAUAAGAGGGUCCACUUCAUUAAAUGGAAUGAGGUGACCAAGCUGAAAUUUGAAGGAAAGACUUUUUAUUUACACGUAAGUCAGAAAGAGGAAAAGAAAAUUAUUCUCACAUAUUUUGCUCCAACUCCAGAAGCCUGCAAGCACCUCUGGAAAUGUGGAAUUGAGAACCAAGCUUUCUACAAGCUGGAGAAAUCAAGUCAAGUUCGCACAGUGUCCAGCAGCAAUUUAUUCUUUAAAGGGAGCCGGUUCCGAUACAGUGGCCGAGUUGCAAAGGAAGUAAUGGAGUCUAGUGCCAAGAUCAAGCGGGAGCCACCGGAAAUACACAGAGCAGGAAUGGUUCCAAGUCAGAGCUGCCCCUCGAUAACUCAUGGUCCAAGGCUGAGCAGCGUUCCCAGGACCCGCAGAAGAGCUGUUCACAUCUCCAUCAUGGAAGGCCUAGAGUCCCUCCGAGACAGCGCCCAUUCUACCCCAGUGCGCUCCUCUUCCCACGGCGACACCUUCCUGCCUCACGUGAGAAGCAGCCGGGCAGACAGCAAUGAGCGAGUGGCUGUAAUAGCAGACGAGGCCUACAGCCCCUCAGACAGCGUGCUGCCCACCCCAGUGGCAGAGCACAGCCUGGAGCUGAUGCUGCUCUCCCGGCAGAUCAAUGGAGCCACCUGCAGCAUUGAAGAGGAGAAGGAGUCUGAGGCCAGCACCCCACCUGCGGCAGAGGUGGAGGCCCUUGGGGGAGAGCUGAGGGUCCUAUGUCACAGGCACGGCAGGCUGGAGGAGGAACAGGUGAAUAAGUUUGUUUUAAGUGUCCUCCGUUUGCUCCUUGUGACCAUGGGACUCCUCUUUGUUUUGCUCCUCCUCCUGAUCAUCCUUACCGAGUCCGACCUUGACAUUGCCUUUUUCCGAGAUAUCCGUCAGACCCCCGAGUUUGAACAAUUCCACUAUCAAUACUUUUGUCCCCUCAGGCGAUGGUUUGCUUGCAAAAUCCGCUCUGUGGUGAGCCUGCUCAUUGACACCUGAGAAGGCAUGGCUCCUCCCAGUAACUAGCCGGGUGGACCAAGGAGAGCCCGGCUACCCAUUCCCAGCAAAGGGACCCAUCGCGGAACCAUCGGCACAUAUACCAAGUCCUCCUCUCAUGACUCAAAAAAGUCCACUGCAGCCUAGGAGGGGGGUUUCCCAGAAGAAGAGAGGGAUAGGCUCGUGCCCUGUCUAAACAAACUGGGAAAAUUCAUUUUCUUCAGAGGCUCUUUCGAGAAAGGCUCAGUGACUCUCUUCCUCAUCCUUCCAAUUUGCAGGAUAAUUUUUGGUUUUGAAUUUUGAUUUUUCAUAGAUGUGUAUUAUUUUGAAAGUAUCAAAUAAAGAUAAUUUAUUUUACUAUUA